AUGGCCCCCGCCGCUGGAGCAAAGAAGCAAAAGAAGAAGUGGUCCAAGGGAAAGGUCAAGGAUAAGGCCCAACACGCCGUCGUUCUCGACAAGACCACCUCUGAGAAGCUCUACAAGGAUGUGCAAUCUUACCGUCUCGUCACCAUUGCCACCCUCGUCGACCGAAUGAAGAUCAACGGCUCUCUGGCACGACAGUGUCUUGCCGACCUCGAGGAGAAGGGCAUCAUCAAGCCUGUGGUCACUCACAGCAAGAUGAAGAUCUACACCCGUGCCGUCGGUGGUUCUGACUAA